CCGAAACACACCGCGUUUCGCGUCCCCGUUCGGCCCAGAGGCGGGCAUUUCGAAUUUCGGCUACGCGCGCAAUUCUUUAUGAUUAUAUUUUCCCGUCACCCCAAACUGGCGAUGCGCUAAGCGGAUGUUAACCACCAGUGAAUGUCUUCGGUAAAGGGAAACAACACAAUCGAUCUCGGCUGUGAAUUCUGUAGUUAGUACGACGUAUUUGAUGCCCCAUGACAGGCUUUGUGCGGAUUUUGAACGGUACCGGAAGCUCGUAAUCAUCCAUUGAGCGAACUGUUUUCCGAGGAUCAUACUUGAGAGCGUAUUUUUUCUGCUUCUCCUGAAAGUUUGCGCAACGCGCUGCAAACGUGAGUAUGCGCUUGUCUGCGUGCAGGCGCCCUGCGCCUGUGUGUAUGCGACUUUGCAUACACAACUGUGCGCACGGUGUACAGUGGGUAAUUUAAUGGAACGUGCCGGAUAAUAGUAGAGUCGUCGAGUCGAGGAGAUGGAAUUGCCUAAGUGCGCGGUGGUGGCGGCAACGGCGAAGAGGGGAUCGGAAUUUGGUCUGGCGAAUUAUGCUGAUCCGCGGAUAAUCGCGUACCCGUUGGAUGCGACUCACACAUACGGAAUUUUAUUUUCUUUAAACCGCGUGUCCAACCAUCUUUGCACCGCGAUAUGAAUUAUUCAUCAAAACUACGACACGUUUUCAGAUCUUAGCUCAUCGCGUGUACAUCGUGCCGCGUAGAAGUAAAUUUUUCAUCUCGUUCACGGGCCCCGUAGAGUGCAGCUAAUUCUUAUUAUUCUAGUUUACAUAGUUACAAAUCCAGUGCAAUAAAUGAACAGGAGAUCGAGGAAUCAGUUGGUAGGUGAGAAAUGGUUGACUAGUGAAUUGAAAUUUGAAAAAUUUUAAGCACGCAUGAUGAAUAUGAUUAAUAAAAUCAUUCCGACAAAUUUGUGGGACGCGGAGUACAAUGAAAACGAUUUCCGAGUGUAAAAGAAGCGAACAAUAAAAAAUAGAAAAUAAAUUUCAUCAACAAAUUUCUGUCAUCACUCUACCCAAAUGUGGGGCCCUUAAAGUGAUGAACGUGGUCAGGUCUGCAGGACCGAUGGAAGUGUGGGAGAAACAGAGUCAGACCACUGAGUGUAUCGCACAUGGCUCGAUGCACCAGAUUGUCCAGGUCUUGAACGUUGCUUUUAAAAUGGCUCAGAUAUGGUGGAGCCGUUGGGGUAACAUGGUGAACUGCCAGUGUGGCACGAUGAUAAAAUAUUUGGUCAGGUGCCGUCUCUACCCCUGCAGCACUAAAACCGUACCCUCGAUGAUUGACCACUUGCACGCUUCUGGGUCGUUGUCGCCAUCACAGAUACCGGAAUUCACGGAAUCUACACGCGCCUCGAUGCGAGCGGCAGUUUAUAAUACUUCAAACUCCACCGGAAAGCGGUACCGAUCGGAUAUCGUCGAUCUUGAUGAGUAAAAUGAAUCGUCGAGAAGACCCGGCCCUGCGUCAGCAUCGGAGUCGCCUGAUGCAACUGGUCGAGGUGACGAACAUCAGACCAGGCCGCGGAAACGGAAAGCGUCGCGGUCAGCGAGGCGUCCAGGGUUCGAGUCCCAGCAAUGGUGGCGGAGGAGGUAGAGUCACGCUGCAAGACAUCGUCAGGAGCGAUCCAGGCUACACGUCAAACAUAGAGCACCUCGUUUUCCCUGAGCGGAAGAACAGCAACCCGAAUCUGGUCCCGGGUGGCUCUCCACCCUCCAAGCCAAAGGGCGGCCAAUCUUCCUCGGGCAUGUCACGAUUGGCGGAGGUUUUUGUACGUCAUUAUGCCCGUGGGUCCUCGCAGGAUUCGAACCUGGCUACUCGCAAGAACCAAGUGAAUCAUAGUUCAUCCCUCGAUGACGCCGGGAACGCCGGAAGCGCCAGGCAGCCUCCGACCUCCGGCACCUCAAACCCACCUCGAGGACCCAACGGGGACCGGCGGUGGCUUCAGAACCAGGCGGCUCAGCCGGCUUGGCAGUUAUCUUCGGAUCUCGAGGGGGCGGGUCGGGGGGAGAGUGGUGGGCCUGCUAAGGCCCCUCGGCGUCUCAGUCCCUCCGUGGACCCCGCCGAGCAUUCGGCUCCAGCAACCGCACCGCGUUCCUCGGACAGGGGUCCAAACAUAUCAGUACUACACCUGCGGGGCAGCCCAGAUCCACGGGAAUCCACGCCAACGACGACGUCGACUUACAGUAGUCCAGUGCCAGGGGGUGGUAAGGGACUAGGGGGCAUGAGGCCCCCCGGCAAGGGGACUUCAGGAGCCCGAGGUUUGUACGGACGAGGCACGGCACCGUCGUCACUGAAGGGGGGACGUGGCGCUCCGGAAACGAGCGUCGUCGCAGGUGGCGGCGGCAACGGGGGUCGUCGACGUGAAGACAGCUUCCUCUCGGGCAGUGGCGGGACGUCGGGCGAGCUGUUCGCGAGCGGGAAUUGCAGCCGAGAUUUGUCACCGGUUCGUUGGUGCGACCGCGAGGUCGAUGGCGUGUACCUGGGACGGUCAGGAUGGGUGCAAGUGCAGCAGCGAUCGCUGGACGAGAACCGGAAGACGAGUUACGAGACGGCGGUUCCUGGGACAGGAACGCUGCCGCUGCCGCGACGAGCGACGAUCAAGUUGGCGGACUAUCACUGCAGCAACAGCGAGCCCGGGAACUGUCCGGACCUCUUCGCCUCCUCGCGGCCGGACUUCCUGGCGCUCCAGGGUCCCGGGUACGAGUCUCCGGGUCCCACGACGCCGCCGCACCAGAUCCCAGAGUCCUUCUCGCCGCCCUCGAUAACCCCGAUAAUAUCCCCGCCCCCAGCCUUCCAGGACGCGGCGACGAAGCGGUCCUCCAGGUCGCGGCAUGCCUUCGGAAAGCCGCCGUUCCUUCCUCGCUCAAACGCCAUCGUUGACAGCGACGUCAUCAGUCCUCCGCCGACGCCAUCGCCACCGACCUCGCCAACGCGGUCGAACCCGGCUCGCAUCCACCAGCAGCAUCGCCUGGCCUCCGCCAAGUCGCUGGAGGACCAGAGCGGCUCGCGGAGGUCGCAGUUCGUGCAGCGGUACAAGGAUUCAUCGUCGUCUUCCUCGUCGUCUUUGGGCUUCCGGAGCUUGGACAGCUGCGUUAACCGCGGCGUCGCCAUGCCUAGGCUCGCCGAGAACACCGACUCCUCCAUCGAGGGCUACGAGGAUGGCGACGAGGACGAUAAUCCUAGCUCCUCCAUCAACCUCAGCGCUGUUUCACCUGCCUCGGUGACCCUCAAUUCUUCGCCCGACUCCUUCAGGACGAAUGGCGAGAGGGUUUCGCCACCCGGAAGGACCGCCGCACGCGGUUCACAGUACCACUGCGGGCGACAAGUUCCCCGCCGUUCGCCAAGUUCCACGGAACCCGCGAAGCAGCUCACCUUCGGAUCGCCCUCUUCGUCCUCAUCGAGCAGCGCCGACAGGCAGGGCAGGUCUCCGACUCCCAACCCUUUCCGAAAGGGCAACAACGCCGCGACGAGGCGACUCAACGCUUCGUCCUCUCCCGACUCGCUUCAGACCCGCGUUAGGCGUUCUAGAAGCUUACAGUUACCAGAAAGGAGAUCGCCGGGCUCCGCCAUUUCACCGCCAACUCCUCAUCCUUCUCGGGAUCACUUUAGAGAGGUCAAUGAAGCUCACAGGGUUCUUGUCAAGAUCGCUAAUGCUGAUCAUCGGUCUCAGGAUCGGUCCAAGCGCCAUGUUCUGCCCAGUCGAAAGGCCCAAUCUACGGAUAGUGCAUUGAACGACGAACUUCUCCGGGAGGCUGAAGUAGUCACCGAAUUUCUGUAUGGUACACGAAGCAGACCAAUGACCAGAAGCGUGAUAUCAAACCGACAUCACGGUGACCGACGGGACGAGAGUGAUCAGAGACGCGGAGGCGGAACGACCGGCACCUACGAGGUGUACUUCGUACCCUCGACUUCGAAGCAGCAACAGCAGCCAACGUCAAAACCAGGAAAGCACAACCACCGACCACGAACGCUGCAGCGAGGAGGCAGUGGCCAGAUAUCGGGUGAAAUAUCCCCGGAAGAUCAUCAUCACCCGGAAGUGUGCCGAAUGAGUCCAGAGACCCAGCAGCAGCAGUCUUCUUCGAGGUGCAACAGCAGUACCUGCAACUUCUGGCCGUACUGUUCGCAGCGCGAUUCUUCCCAGCUCUACUCACCCGGACAAACCGUCGGCUCCUUCCCCGGCAGCAUGAAGAUGUCCCAGAGCUACCCGGCCUCUCGGAGCCGGCUGACUGUUGACCCCAGUGGCAGGAACAGCGCCUCCUCCUCUCCUGGGUCUCUCGAGCAGAUGGAUGAGCGCGAGGCGCAGACCAAGAAGCGGUCCAGCCGCCGAGAGCUCAGGGACGAAGUCCAGCCGAAGCUUCUGGACCGCGAAAGGACGCCGAAGAGCUUUUUGGUCAAGGCCGCCAGGCGCUCGCCGGCGCUGCAGGCUGCUUCCAGCAACGGGUCAUCGGAGUGCAGAGAGUUCGGUGUCCACAAGAACGCGGAGGCUGUUCUUCAGAGUAAGCCGUCACCGCCUGGUGCCUCGUCCACUUCCUCGUCCAGCAGCGAUAUCUGGGUGACCACUUCCGAUAGAACCGUCACGAAAAGCCCAAGGAACGCCAAAAGCUCUGGAGCCUCCACACCCAUGGAGGACGCCAUGAUCGGAUCCUUUGUUACUCUCCCUGAACACUCGGGUGACAAUGUCAUCACCAGACCCGGAAGUGCGCCUGCGCAACGCGAAGACUCGAACCCCGGUAAAUCGCCUCUUGAUCAACAUCAGCGAUCCCUCUCGCUGCCCAAGUCCUUCCUCACCCACAAUGUCGUCGAAAGCACUUGCAACAGCAGCAGCAACGCAGGUUCGACACCUUGGCACCGAUCAGGUCUUGACUCUCAGCGUUCAUCGCCGAGUCCAAACCGGAGUUUGAUCGCGGAGCCGGAAAUUCCGGCGCCUCACACAGCGCCUGCUUCCCCUCUGCACGAACAGCAGCCGGGUGGUCACGGGCUGAAGGAUCGGAGGCGGGCCCCGACCCUAAAUAAGGCCCAACGACGUGCCAAGGCCUCUAGUACCCCGGCUUUACUCGACACAGAUCUGCAAGACGGGCCUCAGUGGUCGGCCGAAGAGGGGGGCGCAGGUGUGGUGCAAGGCUCGACGGAGCAUCCGAUAGUGGAGGCGACGAUACCUCUGGUGGGCCACGUCCGGCUCCAGGAUACGGGAGCCCCCGGGAAUGCGGGGCCGAUUUUGGGGGGCGGCUCGCAGACUCAGCAACAGCAACAGCGACACGCUGCCCAGAACCAGGAGAGCGUCCUCAAGAAAUUCCGGAAGAGCUUCUCCCUCAGAUUCCACAAGAAGGGCAGCAAGGAGAGCUCCGAAGGUGGCGACGGCCCUUCGGAAGACUUGAACGCUCUCCCCCUCGACGAGGAUGAGGACAGGGAACCACCCCCGCCUCCCGCCCCUCAACAGCAAACCCAGAUAGCCAUGCAGCACAAGGAAGAUCCGACGAAUGACCAGAAGUUCCGGUUCGGUCCCCUGGUAUGGAGGACGAGCAAGGAGCGAAAGAAAAGCAGCAAAGCCGCGCGAAACGCAAAAUGCAAUAGCGGUGACAGCGGCAUACAAAUCGAGAUGGCAUCUGGUGGAACGACGACUGGGGGCGGCGGGGGCAGCGGGGGUGGAGUGACGGGAGCUGGCGACAGUUCCGAGUCACACGACACCGACGCACCCGACGAGAUGGACAGUCCACCUGCCCUCCGGAGGCGAGUUACCGACAAAUCGCGACCCCAGUCCGAACUCAUCAACCAGAUACUAAUCGAAAAGUUUAAGGCCGAUCUUCAGAGCAGGACAAGCCGCAAUCACCACGUUCGUAGAACGAACAGUGAUCUUGGGGGUCAGAGACUCUUACAAUGGGACACGAGGUCCGGAUACAGCCACGCUCACAAUUAUCGCAGAAUGCUGUCGACCCCUUCGCCCAUCAAGACGCGUCCCCCGAGAUUGAGUCCGAGACAUUCCUCCAACGACAUAGUAACGCUCAGAAGUAACUCGAAAGGGAGGAAUACCAGGACAAAUUUAAGACGCUCCCUCAGUCAACCACUUGGCAUAAAUCAACUCUCGCCUUUGAUGCGCGCCAAAACUGCAGGUGCGAGGUUGCCCGGUGGAAACGUGCUGUCGGAGGAUGAACAGGACGCCAGAUGUGGAGGCGGUACGUCAGACGACGAGAUGAUGUCGGACUCGGAAUCCUCGGUCGCGUCACUGUCGGAUAGGAAGAAGUCAUCCUUCGAGCAAACGAUGGAUGAGGAUGUCGCCAUCCUGGCCGAGGCGGUUUGGGAUCACGUCGCUAUGGAGCCAGAAGAGCUCGCCUUCAGAGCCGGAGACGUGAUCGACGUUCUGGACACAAUCGACAGGGACUGGUGGUGGGGAAGCUGUAGAAAUGAACACGGCUGGUUCCCGGCUGCAUUCGUCAGGCUGCGGGUCAGCCAAGAAGACACAGUGGAGGACUGCCUAGCGGCGAUGGCUUCGGGCGUAUCGAUGAAUUCCCAGCUCAGAAGGCGGACUAGCGUUUCGUUGCUUUCGAACGAGCAGGUGAGGUCGAGUGUUGUACGAGAACUGGUGCAAACCGAGCGAGACUUUGUAAAGAUUUUGCGAGACGUUGCCGAGGGUUACGUAGCCGAGUGCAGAAGACGGAGCGACAUGUUCACCGAGGACCAGAUUGAGGCAAUUUUCAUAAACAUCGAAGAGCUGCUCGAUUUCCAAUCGGAUUUUCUCAAAGAACUCGAAUCCGUCAUAGACUGGAAUGCCCCGCACAAAAGCUGUGUAGGAGAGUGCUUCUUGAACCACAGAUCCGGGUUCAGGAUGUAUUCCGAGUACUGUAACAGCCACCCGAUGGCGAUGGCGACGCUGCAGGAGCUCUAUCAGCACAAUCGCUACAGCAAAUUCUUCGAGGGUUGUCGGCUGAUGAGGGGACUCAUCGAGAUACCGCUGGACGGUUACCUGCUGACGCCUGUUCAGAGGAUUUGCAAGUAUCCACUGCAGCUCGCUGAGCUGUUGAAAUACACGAAAGCUGAUCACCCGGAUUUCGAAAAGAUAAAAGAGGCUCUCGAGGCGAUGAGGGGUGUCGCAGUUUUGAUAAACGAGAGAAAACGACGGAUGGAAAGUCUCGAGAAACUCGCCGCCUGGCAGCAAAGGGUCGAAGGAUGGGAGGCUGAGGACCUUAUCGAGGUGUCCUCACAGCUCAUUCAUCAGGGUGAAGUUAUCAGAGUUACCAGUGGUAUGUGGACCAACAACAUAACUCUUUUCCUUUUCGAUCAUCAGCUCGUCUACUGCAAGAAGGAUAUAUUAAAACGCAACACCUACGUCUACAAGGGUCGGAUUUACCUCGAUACCAGCGAAGUGAUCGACGUUCCAGACGGCAAGGAUCCGCAACUCGGGGUGACCGUGAGACACUGCCUGAAGGUGUAUAGCUGCGUUCGUGACAAAUGGCUUCUCUUCUGUUGCCGAACUGCCGAUGAGAAGAGACAGUGGCUCGCUGCUAUGGCGGAGGAGCGACGGCUUGUCCAGCAGGAUCGAACCGAUGGUCUUGAUUUUCCACCCGCGGCUAGGCAACUCGCCAAAAUAGCUGCCACUAGGGAAAGGUGCCGACCACCCAGCAAGCCCAGCAAUAAAACUUACAAGCGGAAUUCGGCGUACGAAGUUGCGAUGCUUCCGGGACAACAAGGGGCGGGAACGAACUCUUUGGGACGGAAAGUUGGGACCUGGUUCACCUUCGGCAGCAGCAAAAAGGGGGCGAGACCGCACAAUCAGCCAUCCUGAGCCAGGCCAACCUUCGUUCCGUACAUCGACUUGUAGAUCGGUGCAGAUUUAAAUCGGCGAACGUCUGUUGCGUUGAGGCUACGGAGUUCGUUGAGUGUAGUAAAUCUGCAGUAAAGCGAUCGAGUCGGUUGCGGUUCGAGGGUUUCGAAACUGUGCCAAUUCCUAGCUCUAGAUAUGAGCGAAUGUGAUGUGGGAAAAGAUACAAUGAGAGCCACGUAAAUGGACUCAAUCAGUGAAAGAAAAUGAGUGAAAUAGAAGCAGAAUGACUGACUGAUACACUUUUUAAUUGCGACCUGUACAUAUUUAAUGUUGUUAUUACGGUAUUGAAAGUUGAGACCUGAGUUGAACAAGACAAAAUCAACGAAUUCAAUUCGAUUAUCUCGGCUUAAUUACUAUUUAAUUGGAGAAUUGUAUUGAGAUUCUUAUUUUUGCCACGAUCACCAUUGUGCACGUGUAAAUAUAAUAGUUUAAAUAUUGUCUACAACGAUGUGUACAUGAUAUACCAAUAUAAUGUAACGAUGAUCGAAAAUCGAUGGAAAAUACGUGGCACGAUUCACCUCUUGGCAUAGGGAUGUUUAUUUACUAUGUAAUAUAGACUAUAAUACGAUUGAUACACACGCGAUUACUUUUCGAUAAAUAACAGAUUCUAGAUACACAUACACAUAGGGAUUUAUACAUAGAUAUUAUAUCGAAUCUCUCGAAGAGUCCAGUAUACGCAAUAAUGCAUAUUAAAAUAGAACCAUAUCGAAUUAUAUGCUUGCUAGUAAUUUACUGACUGUCACAGUAGAGAUUACAAAGUAGCCUUAGAACCUCCUUAGUGAAAUAAACCUUAAUUUCCGUCUGUUGCAUUCAUGUAAAGUAGUUACUUCGUAUAUUUAUAAUAAACUGUGAAGAGCCUGCUGACCGAUAAAAUGUUGCCAGUUAUAUAGUAAAGUUAUAAUAAAAUGUAGGUAUAGAGUGAUUAAAGUCCUGUUGAAAUAUUUAAUAACAAUAUUAUAAAACUUAGCGUGUAUAAACGUAUGUAUAUUGGAUCUUUCGAUUCAUUGAAAAGACUGAAGGCUUAAUUUCGACGCUUCCUUCUUUGGUGUGCAUGACUGUUUGGAGAAAAGCUUUCUUUUUUCAUUCAUUCAUUCGUUAUUUCGUUGCCUCCUUGUCAUCGAUCGGUAUAUGCUUAAACAUAUAUACCGCUUUCUCCUUUACCCGCAUUUUUUCUUUUCAUUGUAUGGAAAACUCUAAAAGUAUGUCUGCGUGUGUGAGUAUCAUAUUUUACGGGGUGCCUAUUGAAAAUAUUUAGCUGCGUAAUAUUCUAACUA